UUCGCGGGCUGCGGCAGAGAUGCGCCAGGGGUGAGGAGCGUCAGUAUUCAACAGAUGCACGGAAAGACGGCUUCUUUGAAGAGCACGGAGAAACUAGGCAGGGUCCAGAGACUCCGAGGCUCCAGUCUGCACUGGCCAGAAGGCUUGAAGGGUGAAGACAUAAAGAAGUGCGGCCGAGAAGGGAUGCUACUGAGAAAAUACAACCAGCAAUAUCACAAGCUGUUUAAGGACAUCCCCUUGGAGGAGGUGGUUCUCAAAGUGUGCUCCUGCGCCCUCCAGAGGGACCUCCUUCUCCAGGGCCGGCUCUUCAUCUCCCCCAACUGGCUCUGCUUCCAUGCCAACCUCUUUGGCAAGGAUAUCAAGGUGGUCAUUCCCGUGGUGUCUGUGCAAAUGAUCAAAAAACACAAGAUGGCGCGGCUCCUUCCCAAUGGCCUAGCCAUCACCACCAACACCAGCCAGAAGUAUGUCUUUGUGUCACUGCUCUCCCGGGACAGUGUAUAUGACAUGCUGAGGAGGGUCUGCACCCACCUACAGCCUUCCAGCAAGAAGAGUCUGAGCGCAAGAGAAUCUCUAGAGGAACCUGAGUGCGAGUCUCUGGAAGUCCUCAUCCCUGAGAUGAAGUGGAGAAAAGUGUGCCCUGCCUCCAGGUCCCUGUCCCUCCCAGACAAUAUCCCUUGUAUCCCUCGGGCAUCCACGGAUGACUUCUUCCCCUCCAGGAAGCCUCCGGGGUCUGGUGAGUUCAGCGGAAAGCCAAGAGCCCAAGCGGCUCCAGAGAACACGGGCGGGGGAGUGGGCUGGGGUCCUGCCCUGCCCAGGAAGAUGCCUAACGGUCCUGUUGCAGAGAACGCUGACUAUGAGGAGAAGAGGCUGGAGGACGAGCCCAAGAGCAACGGGGAGCAGAGGCUCUGGGAUCACGGGCUCCUGAAGGUCUUCCUCGUGCUGAUCUGCUUCUUGGUAAUGUCUUCAUCGUACCUGGCGUUCCGCAUCUCCCGGCUAGAACAGCAGUUAUGCUCCCUGAAUUGGGGCGGCUCAGUCCCUGGGCACAGGUGA